AUGCCAGCAUGGUACGUUGCGGCAUGUAGGGCGAAUAUAACUAGUGGGGGCAUGAUUGCUUCCCUCUCAGAUCAAGAAGUUCAAAGAGAGUUGGGCAUCAGCAACCCUCUUCAUCGGCUCAAACUUCGUGCAGCCGUUCAAGAAAUUAUUGCCUACACCUGCAAUCCGAGAAAUGGAACUUCAAAUUCUGGCACCACCGGAACAUCACCUACUGAUCUGCCCAUUUUACAGGCAAGUCCAAACCACGAGUGGGUUGGCAAUAUAUGGCUAGCGACUCUAGGACUGAUACAGUACCGUCGUCAAUUUAUGGAGUGUCUGGUGGACGGUCGAAUGCUGGAGCAUCUGACUAAGCGUGAUUUACGUGUUCAUCUCAAAGUUGUCGAUGGAUUUCACAGACUCAGUAUCCAAUGUGGUAUUGCCCUCCUCAAGCGUUUCAAUUACGACAUCGAUGCAAUCGAGGAGAGGCGCUCUGCGUGUCUCAAUAAGGACACUGAUCUAAUUGUGUGGACUAACGAUCGAGUAGCAACUUGGCUCACCACACUGGGCGCAUUGGAUGCAAGCAGCAGUAUAGACCAGUCAGGUCUUCACGGAGCUGUUCUUGCCCUCGAUGCUGAUAUGGAUAUUCCCACGCUUGCUGCAAUGCUUCAGAUUCCAAAUUCAAAUAUUGAAACUCGGUUAGUGCUCAUAAUAUCAGUCAUGAAGUAUCACCUGUUCAAUUUGGUCAAACCUUAUCGAAGUCUUCAAUUAUCAUACAUUAAUUUGGACAAUCCAGCCUUCACUUAUGAUGAGAGAGGUGAAGAGUACCCAUGGGAAGAUGAGGAGAUCAGCACGGAAGUAGAGGAUCAAACUAUGGGAUACAAAGAAUCCGUUCCUCAAAGGGGUGGUGGUGGUCCCUCUGUAUCCGACGAACUUUAUUCUACUCCUAAAGCGGGGAAAUCGGUCCCUCCCUCAACCAGCUCCACAAAAGGUCACAUCCACUAG